AAACAAUGAAGCGUGACCAAGUUGGUUUUGUAACUAGAUAUUGUUUCAAUAACACAAGACAUAUUACUGGAGAUUGCAUGAGAUAGAUCUUCUUUGUAUAUAAAGAUGCAUCUGUCUUGGAUUAGUGCUAUUGUGGCUGUAUGCUGUACUUUUCUCCAAGUAUCAUCUAGGCCGUUCAACCCUCAAAAAUAUUUGGCGAGUUUGUUUGGAGGAAGAUUUUACAGACGAUCUGUACUUUCAAAUUACGGUCGCCGAGAUAUAACAAAAAUAAAACCCGAGUGUAGUACCCGUUUUGACAGGUACAUCUACGGUAAAGACGAUGAACCCAUCGAUCCCUGUCAUUUCUAUGAAUGCGUGAACAAGUUAUACGUAAGAAAGCAAUGUCCAAAUGGGAGAAGGACCAGCCAACACUUUAGAGACAAAUGGGAAUGGUCUGAAGGACAGACGAACUAUCCAUGUACAGUGAUUAGUAGACCCGGUGAUAAGUGUUCAUUAACCAUGUCUCAAAAGGGAUUAGGACAUAACGGUGCUAAGAUGUGCCCAAUAGAUUUGGUCUUUGCAGUUCAUGUUUCAUGUAGUAUCGCAGCUGAAAACAAAGAAAAGAUAAAGUUCUUUAUUAAACAUGCAAUUGCAAUGCUGACAUUGGGACCUAAAUUCACUCAAGUUGGACUCCUAAGCUAUACAAAGCGUGUCCACAAUGUGCUUCAUCUCAAGUCCUUCACCAGCAAAGGCAAGUUGUUAAGGACUGUGUCACAAAUGAACAUUGAUGUGGAAGACAGUGAAUGUGGAACAGCUACAUGGUUGGCGCUUAAAAAUGCCAGAGAAAAACAAUUUACCGAGUUAAAUGGAGACCGGCCGGAUAAACAGAAUGUCAUGAUAGUGAUCUCGGAUGGUGAGACAAAUCCAACAGCAAUGCAUGAAGACACAAUACAAGAAGCUCGACGUAACCAUGAAGCUGGAAUCAAAUCAGUUGUUAUCGCUCUUCCCGUCACUUCACAACAAGGACUAUCAAGUUUGAAGGAAUGGAUGGAGAUAUCCACUGGGGAAAAUGGCGAGAAUAUAUUUUUUAUGAAAUCAUAUGACAUUUUGAAGACUAAAAUAAGCAGCAUAAUCAAACGUGCAUGUCGAUUGGCGUAAUCCAAAUAUCAGUUAUUGGCCAUGGUAAUAGACACAUCUCUGGAGGAUUAAUUGGAAAUGUGUAAAGAUAAUUAGAAUCUAAUCUUAGUAAUAAAUUCUAUCCUAUACUUAGUAGUGUUGACGUGCAAAUUCUUUUUUACGGUUUGAAGUGAGGAUUCCCUAUGUUAAAAAUAAGAAUUAACACGAGUCCAUACAUCAGUGGAUGAG